CCCCACCAUCUCCGGCUUGCUUUUCCGUUUCCCUCUCUUCCUACUUUACCUUCCCGUACAUAAAAAUGGAGGACGUCUAUGAAGGCGCUGUUGGCAUCGACCUCGGCACGACUUACUCAUGUGUCGGUGUCUGGCAAAACGACCGUGUCGAAAUCAUUGCCAACGACCAGGGUAACCGCACAACACCUUCAUAUGUCGCUUUCUCCAGCGAGGAACGUCUGAUUGGUGAUGCCGCAAAGAACCAGGCCGCCAUGAACCCCCGCAACACCGUCUUCGAUGCCAAGCGUCUCAUCGGUCGGAGAUACGAUGAUCCUGACGUGAAGAAGGAUAUGACGCACUGGCCUUUCGAGGUCGUCGAAAAGGACGGAUCGCCCUUGAUCAAAGUCCAAUACCUCAAUGAGGAGAAGACCUUCACCCCUCAGGAGAUCUCCGCCAUGGUACUGACGAAAAUGAAGGAGAUUUCGGAGGCUAAGCUUGGCAAGACCGUGAAGAAGGCUGUCGUUACUGUUCCCGCCUAUUUCAACGAUUCUCAGCGGUUAGCUACCAAGGAUGCGGGCGCUAUUGCCGGUCUCGACGUCCUUCGUAUCAUCAAUGAGCCCACCGCCGCCGCCAUCGCGUACGGUUUGGACCAGAAGGACAAGAAGGAGAGGAAUGUCCUGAUCUUCGAUCUGGGUGGUGGAACCUUCGAUGUCUCGCUACUCAACAUCUCCGGUGGGGUGUUCGCCGUCAAGGCUACUGCCGGUGACACUCACUUGGGUGGUGAGGACUUCGAUAACGCGCUUCUGGAGCACUUCAAGAAGGAAUUCCAACGGAAAACUAACUUCGACAUUUCGGAGGAUCCUCGUGCUCUGAGGCGGCUGAAGAGCGCAUGCGAGCGUGCCAAGCGCACUUUAUCUAGCGUCACCCAGACUACUGUCGAAGUUGACUCUCUUUAUCAGGGCGAAGAUUUCUCUGCGAACAUCACCCGUGCUCGUUUCGAGGAGAUCAACGCAGCAAUGUUCAAGCAGACUUUGGAGCCAGUCGAGCGUGUCCUCAAGGAUGCCAAGAUUCCGCGGGAGAAGGUCGAUGACAUCGUCCUUGUUGGUGGUUCUACGCGUAUCCCGAAGAUCCAGUCUAUGGUUUCGGAAUACUUCGGCGGCCGCCAACUCAACAAGUCCAUCAACCCCGAUGAGGCUGUUGCCUAUGGCGCUGCUGUCCAGGCUGCCGUGCUAACAGGCCAGACGUCAGACAAGACUGCUGACCUCUUGCUCCUAGAUGUCGCCCCUCUGUCGCUCGGCGUUGCCAUGCAGGGCGAUGUCUUCGGUGUGGUUGUGCCCCGUAACACUCCAAUCCCGACGAACAAGUCGAGAACCUUCACAACUGUCGAGGAUAACCAGACUACCGUGACUUUCCCUGUUUACGAGGGUGAACGGAUGCAGUGCCGUGAUAACCGUCUGCUCGGUGAAUUCGAGCUCACUGGCAUUCCUCCGAUGCCCCGUGGGCAGGCCGAGCUUGUCACGACUUUCGAGGUCGACGCCAACGGUCUCCUGAAGGUUUCUGCCAUGGACCGCACAUCCGGCCGCAAGGCUUCGAUCACCAUCUCCAACUCCGUUGGCCGUCUGUCAUCAGUAGAGAUCGAGCAGAUGAUCAAAGAUGCUGAGCAGUUCAAGCAGGCAGACAAAGACUUCUCUGCCCGGCAUGAGGCGAAGUCCGACCUUGAAGCCUACAUCCACCAAGUGGAGAACACGAUCACCUCUCCUGAGAUCGGCAUGAAGCUGAAGCGGGGUGCUAAGGCCCAGGUCGAGUCUGAGCUGGCCAAGGCCCUCGAGAAGCUUGAGAUCGAGGACUCGACUGCGGACGAGUUGAGGAAGGCGCAGCUGGGCAUCAAGCGCGCAUUACAGAAGGCUACCGCUGGUAUCCGGUGAUCUUUCCGGUGGAAGCUGGGGUAUCGCUGUCACUAUACUUUCCUUGUAUCCAUUCAUGUGCUUUUGCUGUUAAAAUGAAGCAUCACCCGCUUUGUUUGAGAUGCGCCCUGUAAUAUCGUCAUGACCAACCUCGGUGUACCGUCAGAAUUUUAUUUCCUUUGGCUGCAC